AUGAUAGAGGACUUUGCAUAUAGAGAGAUUCCAGAGGGUCAACUUCAAAUUCAAGCAGUCCUUCAAAGCUUGAACAUAUUUUUACAAAGACAUAUAAAGACCGUGGCAGAUUAUAAUUUACAAUUAUUUCUGGAAAUAAAGGUUGGGGAACUGCCAAGAAUACUUUUAGAAAAAUUAUCCUAUCACAUUACUCCAGAAGAUCUUGCCAAAGCAAAUAUGUUAAAUGAAGCCCAACAUAUAGUAUUUGAUGAG